UUCUCGCCAACGGAUAUAUCGAAUCGGAUUCAACAAACGUAUCAUCGUACAUCCUCCUUUUUUUCGAUAAGAGAUUGCUUGCCAAGAGCGCGCAUCUCUCUUUUACAUACACGUGCGUACACGAAUCUAAGAAUCUGUGCACGCGUGGGACUCUAUAAAGGCCUGCAAGACCUGUUUUCGCGAUUACCUCGUCCUCAGGAAUCUCGCCACGCGUUGUCCACCAGGAAUAGAAGACGCAAAACAGUCUUUGUCUGUCCGCAUUCGAGGAUAGAAGGCGCCGAGGAUCUUCUUCUGUGAUUUAGCAAAUUGAUUGGAGAGAUCACGAUGCUGUUCUUCAUAUGUUUGCUGCCUCUAGUGGCAAGCACGCCCCUUGAUUCAGAAAUGAUCAUCGAAACACCUUCAAAUCUAAUUCUGGAUAUUUAUAACGGCAUCCUGAAAAACAUUCGAUUCGUCGAAGGCUCUAAUCAUACGGAGUUAGAUCUGUCAAAUUCCUCUCUUCGCGGAUUGGAAAAGAACACUUUCGAUAAUGUGCUUGACACGGAGUCGCUUAUAUUAGCCGACAAUUUGUUGACUACUUUACCGGAUUUUGUUUUUUCCAAUCUGACGAGAUUGAGGAGCUUGUCGCUGUCGGGCAAUCAAAUAUCGAAUGUCCGAAAUCUGUUUAUCGGCCUGGAGAAUUUGCGAUUGUUGGAUAUUUCACGCAAUCCUAUCCAACAUCUCGGGAGAGGACAUCUGUUCGGUCUCACUAGAUCUGUCAAGAUUCUCACCGAUGGAAAUAUUCUUUGGAGCAUCAGCACGGACGUGUUUACUAACUUCUUUCUCAAGGAAGAGGAGUUGAAGCGACUAGCGGCGACGAUGAAUCAAGAAAAUUUCAUGGAGAAGAGCGAGGAAAAGGAAAAGAAAGUCGACAGCGCAGAGCGCGAUGCUGAAGAGCUAGUUGUAAAACCUCAAGAGGUCGUUCAAAGUCUUAACAAGGACACUCGAGUAAAAAUCUGCAAAUGCGAUGGCAUCGUGACAUCAUUAGCGAUUUUUGAGAAGGAUGAAGAGCUGGUUGAAGGAUGCGUUCAAGUGUCGAUUGACGUCGACGCGACGCGAGUGAAUCUUAGCGAGCAGGGCAUCAGCGGUUUUCAGAAAAACUGGUAUCGGCUGCGAUCGCUGCCGAUCUCUUCCUUGGAUCUGUCAAGCAACGAGAUCACCGAGAUCACGAAGGAGACGUUGAACGAUCUGCCAGCUUAUGUGACGUACGUAAACUUUCUAGGCAAUAGAAUCCGUAGGAUUCGGAGCCAAGUGAUCGAGAACGAUCAUCUGAAGAGACUCAACUUUAAAGGCAAUCUGAUCGAGGAGAUCGAAGAGGGCGCGUUUGAAAGAAUAAAAUUACGCGGAUUGUUUCUCGCCGAUAAUCAGCUGGAAAGUCUCAACUUCGUCUCCAGUCUACCGGGCACUCUGACGGAAUUCGUCGCGAGCGGAAAUCGCAUAGUGUCUAUUUCCGACAACGCUUUCUCCAAGCUCUCUCGUCUGUUGUACUUGAAUCUCGACGACAAUGAAAUCGAAACGUUGCAGAGCGGCGUCUUUCAAGGUUUAGAAUCCUUGCAAUCACUAACGUUGACGAACAGUAACAUAACAACCGUCGAGCUUUCCGCUUUUAGAGGUUUGACUGCUCUCAGGACGCUCGAUCUUCAUCGCAAUUCUAUACGCGAUCUGCAAAAGGGCACCUUCGCUGAGUUGACAGCUCUGAAGGAGCUCAAUCUCGCCUACAACAACAUCGUGAAAGCUACCUUCGCCGAUCUUCCGUCGUCCGUGGAUUUCUUGUACCUCGAUUAUAACGAGAUCGACGUGCUCGAGGAAGGCAAUUUUGUUCAAGCCCCGAGAUUCACUCUGUCAUUGACCGGAAACAGAAUCUCUAGCAUAACGCGCGGCGCUUUCAAUCUGCCCACUCUUCGGGAUCUGUAUUUGAACAAGAAUCUCUUGACGACCAUAGAAGGCGAUAGCUACGAAGGUCUGAGUCGUUUAAGGCGUCUUUGGCUCUCGGAAAAUGAAAUAUCCGAGAUUCGCAAGGGCGCCUGCAAACAUCUGGGCAGUCUCUACAUCCUGGACAUAUCCAAGAAUCCGUUCCAAAAGUUGGAAAACGGCGCUCUUCAUGAUCUCAAUACCGGUUUUGGUACUAGCUUGUACAUUUACGAGAAUAAUUUGAAAGAGAUGCAAGGCGGUGUUUUCGAUGAUAUUUAAUAUUAUUCUUGGAAUCACAAAACUUCUACACAUAUUCCCCAAUAAUUUUCUCGAAAAAUAUAUAUAUCGAAAAUUGAUCCGCAUAUUUUUAAUUCGCGAACAUUUAUAAGAAAGAAAUUAUAUCGUGUAUAAAUAAAAUCCAUAUUCACCCUGAA